AUGAGUUGCUUAGAGAGCUGGCCAGAACCAGUAGUCCGAGUUCAACAUUUGUUGGACAGUGGGAUAAAAGAAAUCCCAGAACGCUAUGUCAAAAAACCCUGUGAUAGACCAUCUUUGAUCACCGAAUCUGCCACCAGUGAAAUGAAUAUCCCGGUGAUCGACCUCCAGGACUUGUUCUCAGACGACGACUUGCUCCGCCAGACAACCGUCAGUCUGGUGGACAGCGCCUGCCGUGAGUGGGGGUUCUUCCAGGUGGUGAACCACGGCGUCCACCACCAGCUGAUGGCGGCCAUACGCGAGGCGUGGCGUGAAUUCUUCCAUCUCCCACUUGAGGAGAAACAAAAGUAUGCGAAUUCUCCGAGUACUUAUGAGGGGUAUGGGAGUCGGCUUGGGGUGGAAAAAGGUGUUCCUUUGGAUUGGAGUGACUAUUUUUUCCUACAUUAUCUUCCCAUUUCUCUCAGGGAUGAGAAAAAAUGGCCUAAACUCCCAGUUUCAUGCAGGGAAUUGGUUGGAAAGUACAGCAAAGAAGUGGUUGAACUUGGUGGAAAACUGAUGAAAAUUUUCUCAACAAAUCUUGGGCUGAAGGAAAAUUACCUUCAGGAAGCGUUUGGAGGAAAUGAAAACAUUGGUGCAUGCUUAAGGGUAAAUUAUUACCCUAAAUGCCCACAACCAGGCCUUACUUUAGGGAUUUCACCACAUUCUGACCCAGGUGGCAUUACCCUUUUGUUCCCAGAUGAAAAUGUAUCAGGACUACAAGUACACCAUAAAAAUAACUGGGUUACUGUGAAGCCACUUCCUAAUGCCUUCAUUGUCAACUUAGGAGAUCAACUGCAGGUGGUGAGCAAUGCAAAUUAUAGAAGUGUGGAGCACAGAGUGGUAGUGAAUGCAGAGAAAGAGAGGGUUUCACUUGCUUAUUUUUACAAUCCAAGGGGUGACAUACCCAUAAAACCUGCAGAGGAGCUCAUCACGGAAGAUAAUCCCCCACUGUAUCCAUGCAUGACUUUUAAUGAGUACAGACUCUAUAUCAGGACAAGGGGUCCUCGUGGAAAGGCUCAAGUCGAAUCCCUAAAAUCCCCACACUAA